AUGGUCAAGGAAGAUAUUGUCCUACUGAAAGGCGUCGUUCUGCUUAUUUCAUUGUUGAUCGCCAUCCACGAUGUGAAGACAUAUACACUAAAAGACAACUUGACGGAUGCCAUACAACAAUAUAGUCACGUAUAUCAAAAGGCCGAGUUGGUGGAAUAUGACCUGCUGAAAAUGGCGACCAAUAAAGACUUGAAAUUCACACAAGAACAGUUUGAAAUCGAGCAUCAGAAAGUGGAGCGCGAAUACAUGUUGACAUGGGCAGUUGCUUAUCUUGAAGCUGUGAAAGAUAUCUGGGGAUUGAGAAAUAAUGCAGACAUCGCGAAACUACAACUUCAAUAUUCAGGUGAAUCCUCUAAAAUUCCUAAGAACUCAUGUUAUCACAUGGAAAGUAGAACGGAAAAUGAGAACACUCGAAAAACAAUACGAUACGGUUGCGAUGUCAUGCAUAAAUAUGCUUCGUUGAAAUGGCAGACCAGAUUACACCUAGAUAACUUGUCAGCUAAAUAUCUGCAAGAACUGGAUAGAAGAGACUCCUCAGAAUAUUUGGAAGACAGAGGUGUAAAUUAUUUCUUGAAAAAAGAGGGAUUCGCGAAUGCCAAAGCCAUAAUGCAGAUCCAUCGAGGUUUCACUGAAAAAUACUGUCUGUCAGCAUUGAACGAAUUCAUCAAGUACGAGGGCGUAAAACUUUCAUCGGACUCAAACAAACAAAUGAAGGUGCUUAAUGACGCGGUGGGAAAUUUCAACAAAUCUGCUGAAUAUCUGGGAGAAGCUGUGAAGAUCAUGGAAGACAGGAGAAUGGACUUCAUGAGAUAUGACCAUCCUUAUCAGAGAGCAGUUGCGUUGGUCAAAGAAAUGGACGAGGAGAGCAAGCAUGAAUACGCAACCGUGAGAACCUAUGAAGAACGGAAUCAGUGA